GGUAAUUUUCCAUCGGAAAUUAUUUGUUCGAUCUACAGCUGCUAGGGUUUUAUUUGUUUCUCUCUCUUCUUUUGGAGAUUUCUGCUGCAGUAACUCGGAUUUGAUAACUCUAUAUGCCGUGAUGGCUGGCCAAUAUGUUUCAAAUGAUGUUAAGACCUCACUUGGUCCCGUCGGACUCGAUCGGAUGCUUACCAAUGAUAUUCUUGGUGAUAUAGACGCUGCUACUGUUCUUAGGAUGUUGAGGAGGUGGGGGGUCAAAGAACCAGCUACCAAUGUAUUUGAUAUAACAAGAAAUCCCGUGACAGCUUGCCAGGCUGCUUCAAAUGAUGUUAAGACCUCACUUGGUCCCGUCGGACUCGAUCCGAUGCUUACCAAUGAUAUUCUUGGUGAUAUAGACGCUGCUACUGUUCUUAGGAUGUUGAGGAGGUGGGGGGUCAAAGAACCAGCUACCAAUGUAUUUGAUAUAACAAGAAAUCCCGUGACAGCUUGCCAGGCUGCUUCAAAUGAUGUUAAGACCUCACUUGGUCCCGUCGGACUCGAUCCGAUGCUUACCAAUGAUAUUCUUGGUGAUAUAGACGCUGCUACUGUUCUUAGGAUGUUGAGGAGGUGGGGGGUCAAAGAACCAGCUACCAAUGUAUUUGAUAUAACAAGAAAUCCCGUGACAGCUUGCCAGGCUGCUUCAAAUGAUGUUAAGACCUCACUUGGUCCCGUCGGACUCGAUCCGAUGCUUACCAAUGAUAUUCUUGGUGAUAUAGACGCUGCUACUGUUCUUAGGAUGUUGAGGAGGUGGGGGGUCAAAGAACCAGCUACCAAUGUAUUUGAUAUAACAAGAAAUCCCGUGACAGCUUGCCAGGCUGCUUCAAAAAAUAUUAAGACCUCACUUGGUCCCGUCGGACUCGAUCGGAUGCUUAUGGAUGAUAUUGGUGAAAUGACCAUUACAACGGACGCUGCUACUAUUCUUAGGAUGUUUAGGAGGUGGGGGGUCAAACACCCAGCUACCAAGAAUAGACCAGAGGAAGGAUGCGAGGAAAAGUGUCUAUCUAAAUUGAAAACUCAAGAGUCGUAGAUUUACUCAAAAGUAUUCUUUUUGUCACAUCUUCAUUUUUUUUGGAGUUUUGGAUACAGAGUUCAGUCUAAUUUAGAAAACAUGAAUGAAGUUUUCAUAUCUAAGGCCUGAGAUGCUUUUUUCUAUACU